AUGCAAGCAGCACCUUCGUUCCUACGCGCUUUGAGUUCUGGAAACAGACCCACGCCAUCGUUCUUCUACGAUGCAUCCAAAAUCUCGUCCAAACAUGCACACCUUCAAAAUCAUCUUCGGAGCUACGCUACGCUUAUAUCCAAACAGCAACAUGCUUCGCGAGUGACCGCCGUCUCAUCUCAACGGACUCUACAAGUCUUACCGACAAGUACCCUCCUGCGGUCGCUUGUAGUUUUUUCAGCUACAGCACUUCCGGCAAGAUUGUUGGCUUCUCUUAUUCGCUUGACCAAGAAGCACGUCGGCAUCAUCGAAUCUGUUGGCCCUUUGCGAUGGAUAUUCAAAAGGCUGUUGUACGACAAUUUCUGCAUUGGUUUUCACAAAGACGAGAUCCGGGUCAAGACUCAAGAGCUUCGUCGGAUUGGCUUCACGGGAAUUGUACUGGCGAAUGCUCGCGAGGCUCAGCCUACUUCAGACUCCUGUGCUGGGUCAGUGGUACAUGACGUCCAGUGCGAAGAAUGGCUCAACAAUAACCUCGAAUCUGUACAACAAGCAGAACCUGGCGAUUACAUUGGUCUGAGGUUUACUGGUGCGGGCGCAGCAGCUACUAGAUUUCUGUCAGAGUUCUCGGCCACUUGCAAAUCAAAUGAUUUGGAAGAGGCAUGCAAGCUCUAUUCUUCAGAGAUGGAGCACUAUGUCGCUCAGGUGGAAAGGAUAUGCAAAGCAGCUGAAGCUCGAAAAUUCAGCNAAAUUAUGCGCCGCUUCAAUACCUCGCAAAGAGCUUUGGUGUUGAAUACUUAUCAGAUGUUGGUCUCACGUACCCUCUUGACGGGAAGAGUAACUCACUCGAAGCAGGNNUAUCUCAACUCAAGUGCCGAGAAAAUCAAGUUGCAUUUAGAUCACUCCAUCAAGCACGACUAUGUGCUCGGGAUCAAGAUGGUGCGAGGUGCAUACCUUCACACUGAGCUCGAUAAGCAGUCUCUUCACAUCUCUAAGCAACGGACCGACGAAGCUUAUGACAAUGCUGUACGGUUUUUGUUGCGGGAAGAGAGCAAUAUCACCUGGAAAGCCGACGUGAUGCUAGCAACCCACAACGCANAAAGUGUCCGACAAGCCUUUGAGCUGUAUACCAGCACUUACAAGACCACAAAAGAGAAUCACGAGUUGAAGCCUCAAGUCUGUGGCGUGACGUUUGCACAGCUGAUGGGGAUGGCGGAUGAGGUGUCUAUGGAUCUAGUCAACAAAAUUGAGCAGGCGAAGAAGAAAGACUCGACCAAGCAUUUGACGGAGGUUGACAACACCAACUCGUACCCUCGUCUGGGCGUCUAUAAGUAUACUGCCUGGGGGUCUUUGCGCGACUGUCUACUGUACAUAUUGAGACGAGCAGAGGAGAACAAAGAUGCUGCUGCUCGAACUCAGGACACGGCUCUUGCAAUCUUGCGCGAGCUUCGAUCAAGAGUUCUGCGCAGGACUUGA